AUGGUUCAUACAUGUAUGAACGUUGAAGAAUCAGGAUGCCUUUUCUGCCUAUAUGAAGACGAUGAACAAAAAUUGGCUAAACUGAGAAAAAUACAAAGUUUCAUUCAUGGAUGGUUACGUCGCAGAAAAUGGAAACAGGUUGUUGAACAGUAUAUUAAAAGCCCCUUUUCUGAAGGGCUCAGAAAAAGGUACACUUGUGUAUUAGAAUUUCUUGAAGGCGAAAAACAAUAUGUUCAACAAAUAGCAGUAUUGAUAACUUGCUUUUCAAGACCAUUGAAAAUGGCUGCUUCUUCAAAGAAACCUUCGUGCACUCUCGAUGAUGUCAAUUCAAUUUGUUUGAAUAGCGAGGCUCUUCUUUUGUUGCAUCAGAUUUUUCUGGAAGGUUUAACUGCUAGAUUAGAGAGUAGUCCUCCAUUGGUUUUAGGUGAUUUAUUAUUGACCAUGCUUCUUCCUAAGUUAAAUAUUUACCAGGAAUAUGUCCGGAACCAUCACUAUUCCUUACAAGUACUAACUGAAUGUUGCGACAUUUUAUUAGACGUCGAGCAAACUUUUGUAAGGAAAGGUGAUUUAAUACAAAUUUUGAUUGAAAAGCCGAAAGAAAGAGUCACCUUUAAAAAAUUUGAAUCAUUUCGUCGAUCAGAUAAAGACGUUGCGAGAGAGUGCUUUUUGUUUAGUUACCAUUUGAUUGUCACUACCAGGGGCAGCGAUGGAAAGUUGCAUCUAGAGCCAAAUGUUGGAAAAAUACCCAUGAGUGAGGCUAGUUUAAUUGAAGAGCCAAAUGAAGAGUCCACCCUUGAAAGACCAUGCGAAUCUGCUUCCUCGGUGACAACUGAACAAGAUACUUCUUACCAGGGUCGAGAUUUUAAAGUUGUUCUAAGCAGCAAAAAUUUGGUGACCCCCGUGGUAAUUCACUUUGUGGCUCCUACAUUAAGCGACAAAGCAGCAUGGAUUUCUGAUUUAGCUAAUUGCAUGAAUAAUGCUCAAUUUAGAGAAAUUUUUAAGCCGUUGAUGGCGAAUACUAGCUCAAUUAAUCUUCCUUAA